GACAGACACUGUGACAGGCAGUGUGAGACAGACACAGUGUGUAACCUGCUGAGAGACAGGCAGUGUGAGACAGGCAGUGUGUAAAGGGCAGAGACAGCCUGUGUGAUACUGACCUACUGGACCCUAAGUGACAGCACAGAUAUUACAAGGGUUUACUGAAGACAGGAGUUCGUAAAGAUGACAAGACUGGGGUCUUACUGUGAGCACAAUGGGAGCGUGUCCCAGGCGUGGCUGGAUAGUGGACUGUCCCCUUGCUUUUACUUCACGUUGGUGCCCUCUGUACUCCUCAGUUUGUCUCUCUUGCUGGGAACACUGCAGUCAGCUUGUUAUGCCAAACAAAGCAGGACAAUGGAACCCAAAUACAUACCACGCUCAAAACUCUACAGGCUUCAAAUUUUAUUGUCUUCGGUACUGGUUUUACAGGCCCUGGGCGGCCUGAUCUGGCAGGCUACGGGCAGCGAGGUGAUCUAUGGGUACAUGAUAGUGUACGGCUGCCUAUCAGCAGUGGCCUGGGGUUUUAGCAUCUGGCUCCUUCACUUGGAGAGGACACGGGCCCUGGAUCGAGAGAGAAGCAGGGGCCACGGUGUCAUACUGCUACUGUUGUGGGCCCUAGCCUUUGCAGCUGAGAACCUUGCCUUUAUGUCCUGGUAUAGUCCCCACUGGUGGUGGAUGUAUAUGGAUAACCUGUCACAAAAGGUGCAGUUCGGUCUCUGGGUUCUGCGUUAUGUCUGCCUACUCUUCCUAUUUGUACUGGGAAUCCUGGCGCCCGGCCGACCUCGCAAGCCGUACAUCCUUCUCGUGAAUGAAGAUGAAAGAGAUAUAGAGAAUUCACAGCCCCUUCUCGGAUCCCCGAAUGAGUCCACAUGGCAGGGUUUCAGGAACAAGGUUCGUCUCCUCCUCCCUUACAUGUGGCCGAAGGGGAGCGUCUUCCUGCAGCUACUGGUUCUUCUGUGCAUGGGACUGAUGGGAUUAGAACGAGCUAUUAAUGUAUUUGUUCCAAUUUAUGCCAAGACUAUAGUUGAUUAUCUGACAGAGGGCACAGCUUGGCACAUCUUGGCACUCACAGUCUGUAUGUACGUUUUCCUCAAGUUUUUGCAAGGCGGAGGAGCAGGUGCGACUGGAUUUAUUAGUAACACGCGCAGUUUCCUGUGGAUCAAGGUUCAGCAGUUUACCAACCGUGAGGUGCAAGUCCGCCUCUUCUCCCAUCUCCACGCUCUGUCAUUGCGCUGGCAUCUGGGACGCAAGACCGGUGAAGUCUUACGCAGUGUGGACAGAGGCACUAGCAGUAUUAACAGUCUGCUCAGUUAUAUUGUAUUCAGUAUACUUCCAACUAUUGCGGAUAUUGUAAUCGGAAUCGUUUAUUUCACAUCUUCGUUCAACGCCUGGUUCGGGCUGAUCAUUUUCGUCUGCAUGACCCUGUAUCUAACCCUGACCAUUAUUAUCACUGAAUGGAGAACCAAGUAUCGGAGGGAAAUGAACACCAGCGACAACCAAGCCAAGUCCAGAGCUGUGGACUCUUUACUCAACUUCGAAACGGUAAAAUAUUACAAUGCGGAGGAUUACGAGGUGAACAGGUUUAAUGAGGCGAUUGUAAAAUACCAGGUGUCAGAAUGGAAAGUUAACGCUACGCUUGCUAUGCUGAACCAGACACAGAACAUUAUCAUCGGACUUGGGUUACUGGCCGGGUCUUUACUCUCUGCAUAUUUUGUUACGGAGAACAAAUUCAAAGUGGGCGAUUAUGUGCUGUUUGGAACAUACAUAAUCCAGCUGUAUACACCCCUCAACUGGUUUGGCACCUAUUACAGGAUGAUACAGAAUUCCUUCAUUGACAUGGAGAAUAUGUUUGAGCUUUUUGGGGAAGAACUAGAGGUUAAGGAUAUGGUAAAUGCUCCGGAGCUGAGGUUCCGCGAUGGAAAAAUAGAAUUUGAAAACGUCCAUUUCAGCUAUGUGGAUGGCAAGGAAAUCCUCCGUGAUGUCUCGUUCACCGUGAUGCCGGGGCAAACUGUCGCACUGGUCGGUCCCUCUGGCAGUGGAAAGAGUACCGUCAUACGGCUCUUAUUCCGCUUCUACGAUGUCAAAGGAGGAAGCAUUCGUGUGGAUGGCCAAGACAUUUCUACUGUUUUGCAGGCAUCCCUGCGCGCUCACAUUGGGGUGGUGCCGCAAGACACGGUGCUGUUCAAUGACACAAUCCGUAACAACAUUCGCUAUGGGCGUGUCAGUGCGUCAGACCGAGAGGUGGAAGAGGCAGCAAUUGCAGCAGACAUCCAUGAUCGGAUCGUCUCAUUCCGCGAUGGUUAUGACACUCAAGUAGGGGAACGAGGACUGAAGUUAAGUGGGGGAGAGAAGCAAAGAGUCGCUAUUGCUCGAACCAUCCUGAAAGGCCCGCAGAUUGUUCUACUGGAUGAGGCCACUUCUGCUCUAGACACAGAAACCGAGCGCAACAUACAAGCGUCUCUGGCCAGGGUCUGUACUAAUCGAACUACAGUUGUGGUGGCACAUCGACUCUCAACCGUGAUAAACGCUGAUCAAAUCUUGGUUCUUAAAGACGGGCAGAUCACAGAGAGAGGAAGGCACGACGAACUUAUAGCUAAAGGGGGCAUAUAUGCUGGCAUGUGGCAGAAGCAACAGAGUGGCAUCGAGGAGUCUUCCGAUUCAGAUACUGAACGAAAAGACAGGAGUUCCGAAAAGCUACAACCUCCAAAACCAGCACUGAGGAAGGGACACUAAACCACACUUGGAUACAAAGGAUGUUUCUCCCAAUCAUGCUCCAGCCCAGGACUAUUGCAAGGCAGACAUCCAUCUUUACAUGUUGUUUGUCUAGAUUGCAACGUAUGUAUGUGUUGAAUGGAGUGGACAGAUAAUUGCCCCAAUUAUCGGGGUCUGACAUCAAUCACUCUAACACAAGGACCGUGAACUAAGCCUGACUGGUUCCUAUCCAUAGAGAAGAACACAAUUUCCAAAGCUGUACAGUCCAUCGUCCCCUUGUGCUCAUUGUGUUUUUAACAAGUACACAAUGUCUGUCUGACUGCUCUCACAGGGACAGGCAACUGGUAAAUAAACGCCUGCAGAAUGCAGCUCCCAUUAUCCUCAGACAGGCUGUGCUACUGAAUGAUGACUGCAACGCUCCUUUAUUCCAGCCUACCGACAUCGCUGAGAUUUAAUUCCCACCCCACCCUUACAGAAAUAUAACAUCCCAUUAAAUGAGCUACAUUGUAGCCAAAGAUUGUACAACAUACUAUAAGGAUGCCGUCACAUUACACUCUUAUAGAACAUUAAUCACACAAACACUACAGAAAGGUGAAACCAUAGUUACAAUGUCAAAACAAAUUCCUGACUGUCAGGGUUAUUAACCCAAGGGUGAAUUGUCAGGAAUCCAAGCUGAGCUGCAUAAUUUUAGCUUUUUAGGACGUUCUAGCCAAACUAAUCCUCUGUACCCUGGAAGAUGUUCUCAAACUUAUGGAAACUUAAUAAACUUUAAGUUGAAAGAACAAAAAAGCCAAACUAAACAAACAUGACCUACUCAAACCAUUGGCCAAGCUUGGUUACUCUGGACUGAAAUUUGCAAUUCAAUUUGAACUUCUCGACAAUUCAUACUUGAAUAAAUAAUUCUGUUUGAGAGUUUUGGCUAAAUUUUGCAGCUCAGCUGGAAGGUAGGCAUAACUUGUUGUUUUGAGAAAAUACCCCAAAAUGUUUUCGAUGUAUAUUUAAAUGGUCAUUCUAAGCACCAUAACUACUACAGUUUGCUGUAAUGGUUAUGGUGCCAUGAGUCCCCUGGCUCUAUCCUGCUGUUAAUAGUGAAACUUAACACUUGCCUGGGGCACACUGCCACUUGCAGCCUGGUCCUUCUUUGAAAUGUCACUAAAGCAGAUGUUCAGCUUAUUCUUUAGCCGUAUCAAUUUUGCUCAAGUUUGGAUGGAAUUUAGUGGCUGAAGAGUAUCAGCUAACACUCUCAGCCAAUGAAUGCAGUCGAAAUGACGAAUCGAACGUCUGCUUUUCUGAUACUUCUGAAAAGGGACAGAUCUUGAACCAAAUCAACAGUGGGACGGUACCAGGGGUUUCCGGAACCAUAACCACUACAUGUUGCUUUAGUGGUUAUGGUGUCUAUAAUUCCCUUUUUAUUGUUUAACAUACAGCAGGUUCGUGUUGUUAAAAGUAGUACUUUUGAUUUGUUCCUUCCUUCCUAAAAAAAUGUUCUGUUUUGUUAAGAAAGAUAGAUAGUUUUCCUCAAUGCAUUGCAAAGGUUUUUCAGAGAUUUUCCCAUGACAUAGGUCAAUAUAUUUCUAAGACAUUAGGCAUAUGCAUUUUCUAUAGAGGAGUUUUUUUAUUAUUAUUAUUAUUAUUAUUAUUAUUCAAUCCAAGUAAUGUAGGAUUAGAAAAGGUUUUCUUAACGGAGUGAAAGAUACAGAGAUUUCAAAUCUGCAGUUUAAAAAGACACGCACUAUAAGUUGUCUAUACGAAGGACAAUGUUUAUUGAUAUAAUAAAUGUUUUAGAACAUUAAAAACUGAGUUUAUAUGUAAAUAAAACACAGGAACAUAUGUCCAUCUGACCAAUUUGCUGCUAUGAGGUAUGUCACUGGCUGGGAAAUACAUUUGCACACUUUCACUAAAGUGUCGGAAUUUAAAUUGAAUGUAAAAUUUCAGGCCAAAAUAACUGAAUUAAAAACAUAGCUGACUUGGAGAAUUAUUUACAGUUUGGCUAUUUUUGCCUCAUAUUUUAAAUUCACUUUUAAUUCCUGACAGUCUAUACUUUAGUGAAUAACUCUGCUUAUGUUUAUAUAUUUAUUUCAAAAUGUCAAUACAAACUCAGGGUCUGUACGGUAUCCAGGUGAUCAAUGUAUAAACCUGUCCUAAGGGUUCUGUCCCCCUCUUAAGUUAAUAUUUUGCAUUAUCACUCAAGAGUUUUGUAGUGUAAUUAAUUAUAGUGAUCUGAAUCUACUACAGAUUAAAAUAGCUGUAAAUAUGGGAAACGCAUGUUUUCCAAGUACAAUUUUCUAGCAAUAAAUGAAAGAUUUAUUUUUAACACCAGCAGGUAAAAUGCGGGCCUUAAAAACACAGAUAAACCCAGAUGCAUUUUACAGUGCUAUGUGUUGCAGAUCCCUAUGUCUGUAAGAUUACCAACACUCUAACAGUAACAGAAAACUUCACUGAGCAUCAUGGGAUCACUAACACUGACAACACCAUGUAUGUAAUCAUUUUGUAUUUACUACCGACACAUGAAUAAAGAAUUGUAAUUC